CUCUCAGGCUCAAGAUCCACGUGACAUCCAGGUACCUCCGGUAAAGUGCCGGGUCAACCCGUUCCGUUAAAACCUCAAUUCGACCUUGGAAAGCUCAGCAACGUCACUAACAGCCACCCCACGUCCAUCCCCUCAUCCACAAUGGCGUCGCGUCUGGCCAGAACUGCUGUCGGGGCUGCCCGCCUCCGGCCCAGCGUCGUCCCCCGCGUCCUUCCCGCGCUGAGCACCGUUGCCAGCCCCCGCUACACGUCCGGUGUUCCCUCCGAGGACCCCAAGACCAAGGCCCAGUCCAUCAUCGACUCCCUUCCCGGCAGCAACCUCAUGUCCAAGACCGCCAUCCUCUCCUCCGCCGCCGGUCUUUCCAUCUACGCCCUCUCCAACGAGUACUAUGUCGUGAACGAGGAGACCGUCGUCGCCUUCUGCUUGCUCUCCGUCUGGGGUGGUCUCAUCAAGUUCGGUGGUCCCCUCUACAAGGAGUGGGCCGAUGCGCAGAGCAACAAGAUCAAGAACAUCUUGAACUCUGCCCGCGCCGACCACACUCAGGCCGUCAAGACCCGCAUCUCGGACGUCCAGCAGAUGUCUGGUGUCAUCGACUACACCAAGACUCUCUUCGCUGUUUCCAAGGUAGGCGCUACCAGGAUGGGAAUUGGGACGCAUGGGAUGCAGGUGGUGCAACAGGUGGAUGGGAGGACGCGAUAGGAAAAGGUGCUGGGGAAACAAGGGGAAUGACAGAGGCUGACAUGGCUUCUAGGAAACCGCCAAGCUUGAGGCUGAGGCCUAUGAGCUCGAGCAGCGCACCGCUCUCGCCGCUGAGGCCAAGACUGUCCUCGACUCCUGGGUCCGCUACGAGAGCCAGGUCAAGCAGCGCCAGCAGAAGGAGCUCGCCCAGACCGUUAUCGCCAAGGUCCAAAAGGAGCUCGAGAACCCCAAGGUCCUCAAGCAGAUCCUCGACCAGUCCGUUGCUGACGUUGAGAGUUCGUUACCCCCCAUCCCCGAACAUGUGAAAAUGAUUGGAAACAUACUGACAUCUUUACACAGAGAUCGUCUCCAAGGCUUAAAUA